GAGGAGAGUGGGCCGAGGCGGGGAUGAGAACAGCUGAGUGCAAGCUCGUGAGAGAUAUCGGAUCCGGGAUCGGUUCGGGUGAUCUUACACAGACGUUGGUUCUACCUGCCCCGCUGCCUGUGGGUAUAACUGCAGCUAUCUGCCCUGUCUGAGGGUCAUAAACAGCGGAGCCAGUUACCCAGGAGAGGCCCCAUAAGCCCUUUAGCCGGAGAGAGGCCACACACACAACCCCUGACUGAAGAGGUCCUCUGUCUCUAGAAGGUAAAAAGACUAAAAGCCCUUGCUAGGGGAGGUCCCCCAGCCCUGAAAGGAGGCCGCGCAGCCUCUACCGGGAGACACCGCACAAAGCCCAGUCUCCAGAGGCCUCUCACCGCCGGGCUGACUGUGAGACAAAGGAGCCCAGUCACCGGAACAGCAGCUCAGGCCGCAAGCUCCUGUAUUCCCCGCGGCCUUCCCCGGUGUGUCCCGGGACGCCCCGUCCCUCCCCGUUUGCCGCAGGCCGCCAUGGCCCAGCAGCAGAUGACCAGCUCACAGAAGGCCCUCAUGCUGGAGCUCAAGUCGUUGCAAGAGGAGCCGGUCGAGGGUUUCCGCAUUACCCUGGUGGACGAGAGCGACUUGUACAACUGGGAGGUCGCCAUCUUUGGGCCCCCCAACACCCUUUAUGAGGGGGGCUACUUUAAGGCACAUAUAAAAUUCCCUAUAGAUUAUCCUUAUUCUCCUCCAACCUUCAGAUUUCUGACCAAGAUGUGGCAUCCUAACAUAUAUGAGAAUGGCGAUGUUUGUAUAUCAAUUCUUCAUCCACCUGUAGAUGAUCCACAGAGUGGCGAGCUCCCAUCAGAGCGGUGGAAUCCCACACAAAAUGUUAGAACUAUUUUACUGAGUGUAAUCUCACUACUGAAUGAACCAAACACCUUCUCUCCCGCCAACGUAGAUGCUUCUGUAAUGUUUAGAAAAUGGAGAGACAGUAAAGGAAAAGACAAAGAAUAUGCAGAGAUUAUCCGGAAACAGGUUUUGUCGACAAAGGCAGAAGCAGAAAAGGAUGGUGUUAAAGUUCCGACCACAUUGGCAGAAUAUUGCAUUAAAACCAAAGUGCCUUCUAAUGAUAACAGCUCAGACUUGCUUUAUGACGACUUGUAUGAUGAUGACAUAGACGAUGAAGAUGAGGAGGAAGAGGAUGCCGACUGUUAUGAUGACGACGAUUCUGGGAAUGAGGAGUCUUGACCUACUUUGACAUGGCUCAUUUCCCUUUCACGGCCUGUUCCCUAGACCUCCUGCGCUCUUUCUCUCUGUCCUUCAGCAUCCUCCUGCUCUCCUAAUUCCCCUGCUGACUCAGGACAAAAAUGGAGCAGCACGGACCUAGCAGGAGUCCUGCAAACCAAAGGGUCUGUUAGCUGGAAAAACACAAACUCUGGUUCCGCUGUCCACAGGUGCACAUGUAUGAAUUUUGCUCCAUUUUACGGACCCAUUAAGGAGAAUCAAGGGAUAGGAAAACCGUAUGUCACAGGAUAUCUUUGGAUUUCUUGUAUGCUGUACCAACUUUCCGGCACUGGUGCAAAACUAUUUUUUAUUUUACUUUUGUUUCCUACAAAUUGCCUCCUUUUCAGUUUAUAUACCUUUAAAAAUCGAAAGGAAGAAGAAAAAAAAAAAAAGUCUGGUUUCGGCUCUUUAAUUUUUAUGUACCUGUGAUUUGAGUUCUUGGCCAUAGAAUUUCCUUUUCAUGUUAUUUCCUCCGUCGAGGGAUGGUGACUUUUUGGAUGUGACACAGUACCACACUGCAAAAAAUAUACUACUAACCAACUAAAAAAGUAUCAACAAGGUAUUGCCAAGGUUUUGUUCGUGUCUACAGUAAUCACAUGUCAUUAUUUUUUUUGUUUACCUCAAUUCAUCCCUAAAAACCUUCACCUGCGGAGGUUAGUUUAGAAUGGUCUUCAUCCUGACUGACUUUGCUGGCACGAUAAACCCAGUUAGGUCAGACAAAAGCCCACAUUGCUGCUGCUUCUGCUGUUCGUGCAGAUUUCCCCCUUACCCUUUUUUUGUUUUCCCCUGCAAUGCCAUUACAAGAUGUGUAAUCUACAUCAGAUGUUUAAUACGAGACAUAAUUUAACAGCAUUUGUUAUUAGUGUAUCCAAAAGUUUGUCGAAACAUCUUCUGUAUGACAUGUCAAUGCUUCUGCUGUUUUUUGUUUUUUUCCUUCAUAUUUUUUUUCUAUGUUUUAUGUGUUACAGCACCCAUGAUUGUGAAGCUAUGUAACAGCAGUUUCAGGGCUCUUACAAUAUGUAUGUAUGUAUGUGCGUUUCUAUCACUAUUGUAUUAGAAGGGGGCAAAUAAAACAAGAUGUGAAAUUCAAAAUGGCUGAGGCACUUUUGAUGGAGAGUAUAGUAUUUAAACUUUUGAGUGUGGUAUCUUGAGGUAAGCUGUACAAAGGGCGUCCUCAAAACACAACUUUCCUCAUAACACUGAAGCCUAUUUACUGAAAUAAUUUUUACGCUUUGAAAUGAUUGUGAAUUCAAACCUUUAAAAAUAAAAGUUUAUUGCCAUAAAUUUUAUUGAUCUUGGUUGCCGUUUCUCACCUUAUCAAUACGCCCUAUAGUCCAUAGUUACUUGCAAGGUUCAAAUGCAGUAAUUAGUAAGUGUUAUUGAUUUAUGGGAUGUAUUGUUUCAUUGCAUUAGAUAUUUGUUCUACUCAGAGUACUAUUUUUGUCUUCAUGUUUUUUUUUGUUUUGUGUUUUUGCUCAAUUAAAAUGUAAAAAUAAAUUUA